AUGUCGGCGAUAAGGAGGAUAACGAGAGAGUAUGAGCAGUUUAAAAAAGAAAAGAAGGAGUAUGAGCAGUUUAAAAAAGAAAAUAGUGAAAGCAAUUGGAAGGAUUCUACCUUGAGGUACAUUGAGAUUGUUCAGCCUAAGUCUGGAGAUUAUUUUACGUGGGAGGCGUAUCUGACGGCGCCGGAGGAUAGUGUGUACAAAGGCGGUGUUUUUAAGUUGCUUAUAUCAGUUUCAAGCGAGUAUCCUUUCAAACCGCCGAAGGUAAUAUUUAAACCGGCUAUAUAUCACCCGAAUGUUAACUCAGCAGGAGUGAUUUGUAUAGACAUUCUUGGGAAAGAAUGGUCGCCUGCGUUUACGCUGAAUAGUAUUCUUUUGUCUCUUCUUACGCUUCUUGAUGAUCCAAAUGCAGAUGAUCCCUUAGCUCCUGAGAUUGCAGAUAUGUACAAAACAAACAAAGAGGAAUAUAUACUAAGAUGCCAGGAGUCUGCUCGGAAGGCUGUGGAGAGCAAUAAGCAGGAGUCUGCUCAGAAAGCUAUAGAGAGCAAGAAACAGGAGUCUUCUUUGAAGAUUAUAGAGAGCAAGAAAUAA